UCCUCUCCAUCUGUCACUCUCCCAGCGCCGGCCCUAAAAUGAUCUCUGUUUCUCUCCCUCUCAUCCGCUCUCCUCUCCAUCUGUCCCUCUCCCUGCGCUGGUCCUACAGAUCUCUCCUACCUCUCUCUUCCUGUCGAUCUCUUCACGAACAUUGAGGAUCUUAAGUUUACAACCUGUUUGCUGAGUUAAACUGACAGGCAAAGCCACAAGUCAUUCUUUGGAAGUUUAUGCCCCCUCUCGUCCAACAUUCAGAAGCAAGAAUCAGAAAUCGAGGCUGCCUAGGUGGUGCAUCAAUUUCUCUCACAUACAUUGCUGCCGAAAGGAUCAUUCCUGGAUAUGGUGGGGGCAUGAGUUCAGCUAAAGCUGCUCUAGAGAGUGAUACCAAGGUGCUUUCAUUUGAAGCAGGAAGGCGCCACAAGAUUCGAGUUAAUACAAUAUCUGUUGUUAUUACUGUUAUCUUCAUACUUUUAUUAUCUGAGACAUGGUACUUGCUAGAGUAUCUCCCUGUCGUGACAUUUUUCACAUUGAUGAAAACUCAGGUCUAUUGA